CAGUAAUCGUUGAAAAAAUUAGCCUUCAGUGUUUCACCAUCGACAAAAUGGACUUCACUAAUGCUUCCAUUGGUGAAAAACGAAACAAUGAUAGUAUCAAUGUUACUGAAAAGUGUAAUUUCAAACGUCAGUGUUAUGACCCUAUUGCGAUAGAAAAAUCACACCAUCAACUAUACCCUAGCGUUAAUAAUACACCUUUACCCAUUGAGGAAGCUCAAGACGUAGGUAAUGACGACUACUCCCGAGAAAAAGGCGCAUUUCAAGCUUCUGAGAAAAAUAUCUUGCAACAUUACAAUACAGCAAAUAAUGCUAAUGUGGCUUCACAAAUGACUUCAUUUUAUAAUAAAUUUGAAUCAUAUCAUAUAACUAACAUCAAUAAAUAUCAAGGCAGUAAAAUAGUGUUAUAUGAUGCACUUAACAAAAAAAAUUUAUAUUUUGACUCUAACGUGCCAUUUUCUCUGGAGAACUUUCAGGAUCUUUUCCAUUUAAGUGGACAUGCUUUAUAUCUUGAUUUGACUAGAAAUUACGUGACAAUGUUAACAUUGGUUCUAGAAUGCUUACCGUGUAAGACAAACACAUGUGCAUCAAAAAUGACCAGUAGCCAGUACGCUUCAUACUUAGACGAUAUUUUGCUUAAUCUAUGGAAGGAAAUAAAUUCACAUUUAGAUCUAUCGUCUAUAAACUUACAAGAAAAUGUGGUCGCAUGUUUUCGAGACAAUGGAUGUAGUGUUCAUAUUUAUAUAAAUGUAUCAGUAUCGAUAAACGUAUAUGAACACAUUAUCAAUGUUCUCAAUAAAUCAAAAUCGGAUUAUAUGAAGCCCAUACUUAAACGGUAUGAAAUAAGCCAUGUUUCUCGCGUACCAUUACCAUAUUCAACAGAUCACGAUGGGCAUAUAUACAAUUUGUCGCUUCAAGGAAACCAUGAGCUGUACAAUAUCGACAUUAUUCCAUCUGCAGUAGAUUACAUUGAUUUUGAGAUGCAAUUAACGAAUGACUUUAAUAUAGGAAAGGAUAUAAUUCUUGCUAAGAUAGUAUUUAAUCAUCAUGGCGGAUUGACACAACAGUUAUAUCAUGAUGAAAUUUCUCAAGAGUGGGACAUAACAGAUAACAUGGAGAUGGAAGUGGUCUAUGUAAUUGCAAUACUAAAAGACUGUGAGCCAUCAGUUGAUAGUGAUGAUGGCAUACCAAAAUUAUGCCCCGUGUUCAAUACCGCAGCAUGUGAAAUACCUGCGUUCAUUCGGAGCCAUCGAAAUUUUAUACUAGAAAGCAACAAUCGUAACUUUCAGCAAUUUGUCCAGAAUUUAUUACAGGAAAAUUACAACAAAUGCUAUCGAAAUGCGAAUUCCCAUCAGCACCCUUUGUACCAUGUUCAUGUCGACGCAACAGAGUUAGAACGCCAUAUUUUACUGACUCUCGACAGCAUUGGAAGAAAUAUUGCUAGACAUGUUUAUCAAAUAGAAACACCCAUAACUGAUACGUUCUCAUCAAACGAACAGACGAAAAUAAGCCCAGGAAAUAGCGUUAACUUCCGGGGAGUCCAUCGGUACUUGAGUUACUUAGUUCAGUUUUGCCACGAGCCAGAUAAUUCAGCUGGCUACGCUUUCUAUGUUUUAGUACUGUCGGUAAUGUAUACAACGCAAAAGCUUAUGAUUAACGCAGAAAACCAACAAGUCAUUUUUGCAAUGAUUAGACGCGCAAUUACUUUGUAUGACUCUUAUGAUAAUCGGCAGUUGCUUUGGAUCCUUGACUCUUUGAUAAAAAUAGAUUGUAUGGCUGAGUUAGGUCGUAUCUUUCCCGAGCCAUUACGAAUAUUGAAGCAACUAGCGACCUCUGUAUUCAUGCGCCGUCGAGUUGAAUCCCGGCUGGUUAACGACGCACUUAUUUCAGCCCCAAGUGAUAUUAGUCGCGAGCGUAUAAAAAAUCCAAACAAAACAAGUAGUUUAGUUUCAAGUACAUCAAUUAGCUAUGAUGUGUUACUUUUCGACGAACUAUGCCGCUUAUAUUUGCACGAUGAAUUACCUUUGUACAAACAUUUGACGGACCUUAUGUUGGAAGAAAUCGUAACAACUAUUUUUCGUCGUUACUUAAUACUCUUUUAUCGCAACGUUAUGAACAAUAACGUAAUGUACAUCUAUAAAGACCCAUUAUACAUCGAAUACAAAAUGUCUAAUUUCGUUAGUGAUACAACAGCUAACAGCAAAUUACGAUUCAUGUACGACAAGUUACAGAUGUAUAUAAUCCCAAUAUUUGCAAAUAAAAACUCAUCAAUAACAGAGUCUAAGUGUCGAAAUUUGGCUAUGAAGAUUAUAAAAAACGCCUGGUAUAAUUACGUCAACGAACAUAUUCCUGUGAAAAAUGUCCAUUUUGGUAAAUAUCGUUACUUUGUGUGUACACUGCGUGGUGUAUUUAAUAACAUAACCGGUCUGUACAUGAGUGGAAUACCACAGCUAUAUUUUGAAAACGCAAGCAGUUUUUGUAUUUUGCCGCCAAUAGGAAUAAGCGACACUCAUAAUAAUAGAUACGACAAUUACAGUCAGAAUACUGCGAACUAUGAAAAGACUAAUUUCGAUAAGACCGCCGGUAAUAAUAAUGAGCAUAGCGAUAGUAGUAAUGAAAAUAUCGAUAGUAAUAAUAGCAGUUUGAAUAUAAUGGCCACUGUAAAUAACGUUAACGGACAUAAUUAUCAAACACAAUUGCGCAUUAUCAAUGACGAGCUGAUAAUUAGAAUCGACAAUUGGAAAAAGCUAAUCCAUGUAUACUUAACAUCACAAGACCAAUUGUUCUAUUUGUCAGUAAUGGUUCCAGGUUUGCUAAAAAUAGGAGAAUCUGUAUUCGAUAAGCAAACCCGUUUACUCGCAAUUAAUACUAUUACUGAUCGGAUACUCAAAGACAGAAGUUCAAAAAAUGAAGACGAAUUAUUCUACUUGUUACCAGUUAUGCAGUAUCACUGUAUUGACUGCAAUUCAAUAAUGGCCAUAGCACGUUGUAUAGAUUCGUUGAUAAAUGAAAAGAACUUUGUAGUAACGACAUCUUCAUUGAGCAACGUCUUCAACAAUCUUUAUAAAAGUGAUUUGAACAAUUUGUACAAAGCUAUUGGGGGUAAGCGCGAUAGUCAAUUUGACUAUGAAAUUUAUACGAACCCGAAUGAUCUCUUUGAUAAUAUCAUUAAUGGGUUCACAUAUCACCCGCAUAAACGUUUAUUUUCGGUCGCAUUCGUGUGGUCUCUCAUGGAAUAUUAUAACUCUGAUGAGGACAUUAUUCGUGUUAAAUUUGACAUAACGCGACGUUCUCGAAAUAUUCAAUUAAUGAGAGAAAGCAUCAUGUCAUCAAAAGAAAAAAAACUGUCUGUUACAUUACAAGGUGAUCCAUUUGGUUUGACAAAGCAGAAAUUUGAUUUGAGUCAGUUUACCUGCGAAACAAAUGAAAAUUUUCGUCGAGCUUUUAACAUAACGUUUCAAAGACUGCCAUCAAAUGACGAUUCCGAAAAGGCUGAUUCAGAGAAAAGAGCUACUGGGUCUAAUAGUCAUGUCAAACGGAAUAAGAAGUCGACAAUAAAUGAGCCUGUGCAGCUACUAGACAUUUGUAUGUAUAAUGCGUUAUUAAGCAUAUCGAUAAUAUUCCGUUUCGAUACCAAGACCAUAACGGACUAUUUAGAACACUGCGCACUACUGUUUCAACCAUUCAACAAUUGCCGGAAGUUCACGUUGUAUUACGGUGAGCCACGAUGCGGAAAGUCAUUCCUAGCCAAUUUGAUAAUUCGUGCAGCGGAACCUAGUGUAUUUAAUGUACUAUCCGACCUUGCGACAGCAGCGACCGCAGCAUCGCCUUCACCGGAUCUGAUAAAGGCCUUUCAGUCAUACGUUGUUUGCAUCAAAGAAGUGCGUCGAUUAGAAGAAUCACUGCUCAAAACAAUAACCGGUGAAGAUCAUAUGGACCAACGGGAUUUGUACAAAGGCUACCAAAAACUUACCCCAAUUUGCUUCAUAUUUGGGUGUUCAAAUCAGAUUCCGCAGAUCGAAGCUGAUGAAGCGAUCAAAGACCGACUUUCAAUAUUCAAUUUUACGAAUCGUAUUGAACCGUGUUAUAAUUUCCGCGAGGUUAUUGAUGACAAUCAAUUACUUUUAUACAUAAAUGAAUGCACUAUUCAACCGUCUAUUGAAGAAUUGGCAACUUCGAUCGGACUUUACAAUUCGAUAUAUGCAACAUUUUGUUUAACGCGAAAUAAAUUCGGGCUGGUGAUACCGACGAUAAAAAAUCACUCGUCGCUUCAAAUUAUGAAAAAGUUUCUGAUUCAUAACAGUCUCAUGUACUAUAUAAUGGAUCUCUGUGGAAUAGAAGUUGUUACUGGGUAUUCGAUUAAAAUGGACGACUUGAAAUAUCGAGUUGAACGCGCUAUUGAGAAAUCAAAGAGAGCAACGAGAAACAAUUACCAAUUGAACGAUUUCAUAAGUGACUUCAGCCAACAUUUUCGAAAACUGUGUAAUCGAAAUGACUAUUCUAAUAAUGAUGUGUCGAUUGAAUAUAUCGGCGUUGGGUUACCACCAACAAAUGCUAGUCAUGUUAAUUUGAUAGAGUCAGUAUUUGGUAAAAUAUGCGGGAAUAUUAGUGAACUAUUGUCCGAAAAUGAACAUUGCAGUAUAUCUAUUCCUCAAAUGCGAGACUUGAUCAUUCGCGAAGUCAGUAAGGCAACUAAUGCAAUAACUGAUCGUAAGAUGGAAUAUGCAACGAGGAUUUUACUUAAAAUUAAGAAUGCGUAUUAUAAGUUUUACAAUACCAAUGAACAACGUUUUGAUCGUCUCCAAAUCAUAACCAGUGAGUAAUGUAUACUAUAUUUCUAGAAAAAAAAGUAAUGAUAGAUUUUUGUGGUUGUAUGAAAAAAUGUUUAAUACUCCUUCGCAGAAUUUAUUCAUUCUUAUAGAAGCUUUAGAAUUUGCGAGAAUUUAUUCAUUUUUAUUAGAUGUUUUCGGACUGGUUGAAAAAAAACUUUUAAUUUUUAAGUUUCGAAACACAUGUGUGUGUAUGAAUACAUAGUUUUCUGCAUUACAGCGUUAUUUACGAGAAUUAGUAACGGUAUAUUUUUUAUUAUUUUUCACCGCUAAUACACAAACAAUAGAUGUCAUUCUUAACAUAUAGAGAAACUUUUACCACAUAUUCAAUCAGAAACUAAUAACAGAAUCUUUAUCAAAGAUUUCAUAAAUGUAAGUAGCUCCAAACCAGAAGACCAACAUUACAAC